GACUCUGGCUCCGCCAUGGCGGCGCCCGUGCUUCGCCUGGGCUGUGCGGGAAGAUGCUGGGCUUUAGCCGGCGUUGACCGCGGCUCUCGCCUCCGGCGAGGGGCUCCGAAUGGCUUCACGUUCGGCGGGAUAAGGGGACAGAUGUCAACGGCUCCGCCGCCACCCCUCACAGCCCAGGAGCCGAGGAAAGGUGCACGUGAAUGGGAAGCUGUGGUUGGUUUGGAAAUUCAUGCGCAGAUUUCCUCCAACUCUAAACUCUUCUCUGGAUCUCAAGUUCACUUUGCAGCACCCCCAAAUUCCUUGGUUUCUUUUUUUGAUGCAUCUCUGCCUGGAACUUUGCCGGUUCUCAACAGGAGAUGUGUGGAAGCCGCAGUGAUGACAGGCCUGGCCCUGAACUGCCACAUAAACAAGAAGUCCUUGUUCGACAGGAAGCACUACUUCUAUGCCGACCUCCCGGCAGGCUACCAGAUCACGCAGCAGCGGCUUCCGAUCGCGGUCAGUGGGCGCCUGACCUACGGCGUGGGCGUGGGGACGCCGCGGCGCGUGGCCGUGCGCACGGCGCGCGUCAAGCAGAUCCAGCUGGAGCAGGACAGCGGCAAGAGCCUGCACGACGAUGCGCGCGCGCAGACCCUCAUCGACCUGAACCGGGCCGGAGUUGGACUUCUGGAGGUGGUCAUGGAGCCGGACAUGACCUGUGGAGAGGAGGCAGCCAUGGCUGUCAGGGAGCUGCAGCUGAUCCUUCAAGCCCUGGGGACGAGCCAGGCAAAUAUGGCAGAGGGGCAGCUGAGAGUGGACGCCAACAUAUCUGUGCAUCACCCCGGGGAGCCUUUCGGUGUUCGGACUGAAGUGAAGAACCUCAACAGUGCCAAGUUCUUGGCCAAAGCAAUAGACUAUGAAAUUCAGAGGCAAAUCAAGGAGCUUGAGAAUGGAGGUGAAAUUCUGAAUGAAACCCGCUCGUUUGACUCCAGGCUGGGGUGUACCGUGCCCAUGAGGGACAAAGAAGGAAAACAAGACUACAGGUUUAUGCCGGAACCCAACCUGCCCCCGCUGGUGCUCUAUGACAGCGCCUCGCUGCCUGCAGGGGCCGACGUCCAGCAAGUGAUCAACAUCGACUGCAUCCGCGAGGGGCUGCCUGAGCUCCCCAGCGUGACCCGGGACAAGCUCGUGCAACAGUAUGGGAUGCGGCCGGAACACAGCUUCACCCUGCUGAAUGAAGUUGGUCUACUGGAAUUCUUCCAAAAUGUGAUAAAAGAAACUAGGGCAGAGCCAAAAUUGGUGACUAACUGGGUCCUCAACACUUUUCUGGGUUAUUUAAAACAGCAGAGCUUGGCUGUCGGCGAGAGCCCUGUCUCGCCCUCUGCCCUGGCCGAGCUCCUCACCCUGCUGGACACCAAAGUGAUUUCCUCGGCCGCUGCCAAACAGGUGUUUGAGGACCUGUGGAGCAGCCCAGGGAAGACGGCGGCGCAGGUGGUGUCCGAGCAGCGGCUGGAGCUGAUGGAGGACCAAGCAGCCCUGGAGCAGCUCUGCCAGGCCCUGCUGGAGGGACAUCCCCAAGUGGUCACGGACGUGAAGAAGGGAAACCCCCGAGCUGUAAAUAAACUGAUUGGCCUGGCCCGGAAAGCCACCCUGAACCGCGCGGACCCUACGGUGAUUAAGAAGAUCCUGGAGGAGAAGCUGGCGACCUGAGCACUCUGGGCACCUCUGCGGUGGGCAGGGAACAGGGCCUGCGAGCGAGCACGCGCGAUGGAGGCGAAGAGACGGCAAAUGCCAGUAUUUAUUAACUGAGCUAAGAAGGAAAGCAUGCUGCUCCCAAUACUGUGACCAUGCGGACGCAACGCUUAGGUAGGUACGGGGGUUUACAGCAACUCAGACAAGGAUCAAUUUUUUAGACCUAAAAAUGGACUAAUGAAGAUGAGAACACAGUAAUUGGCACACAGUAGACACCAGUUUGCUUAGGGAGGGCCCAAGGAAUUAGUCAAACAAUCACCCAACUACUGAGUCAGAGAGACGAUGCCCAUUCAACUAACUCCCUGUGGAACCUAGGAGGCACCAGUCUGAGAAGAAACGGUAUGGGGUUUGGUUUUGUGUUGUAAAAAAGAGAAAGUUUUCAAAUAAAUUUAAUGAAUAAAAUAUAUACUGAAAUAUCACAAAAAUUAACUUUCACAUCAAAGAUAUUGCAGUUGACAAUUUAAUCCACAUUCCCUAUCCUUGGGCCAAAAUAGAUGAAAAGAUCUGUAACAUUCAAUUGCUUUGUCCGGGAAGCGGAUGAUUAGAACUAGUACAUCCGAACUCUGACCUGAAGACCCUGGUGCACCGCGUACCUGCUCCCACCGCAGUAACACUAUUCCUCCAUUGCAGCGGGAAGCCCCGUGAACCUCAAAAACCACUUUGUGGCAUAAAGUAAGAGCUCUGACUUUUUAAGGCCCAGGAAGGAUCGGAAAACAUGUCUGCUGCUCUGACAGCAGUCGGGGGCCUGGAGAAAGCCCUCCAACACUCACCCCACCUCUCUCUCCUGGUUUGGACAGUGGCUCAGGGCUUCCCUGGAGUGAAGUGUCCCUUGCCCCCGCCAGCAACAGCGAAGGGAAAGGAAACCUGUUUCGUGGUUCAUCUCUCAGACAAGUGUGAGGAAGUGUGCUUUAAAGAUUGGGAAUUGUGAGACUGACAUGCGUGCCCCGCAGUCUGUUAUAAUACUACCAACUGCUAGGCCUAAAGCCAAAGGUGAUGUCAUGUGAUUCAGAGAGAGAGAAAGGCGCGCUGGCUCCUUAGGGGCUGAGGCUGCAGCCUGGUGUAGCCUUAACUUUGUAGCACUGAGGCACUGGGUUUGUUACCACUGCCACUCUUACCGAAGGUCCUGGCUCCAUGGCCAGUCAACCUCAGAAAGCACCCCUCUCCAGACCCAGCAAGUGCUCACUUGAGCGGGGUGCAGCCAGAGCACGGCAGCUUUCCAGAACGAUCACGUGGCGUGUACACUACAUGAUGGUCAUUUCUCCAGGAACGUGCCAUCGUUCAAAGACUUGACCUGUGAGACGCCAGUUCUUGUCCCGCUCGGACCACUGCCUUUUUUUAUCUCGAAUGCCAAGUUCUGACAUCUUGAAAAUCAACCAGACUGUAAUAUUGACAGAACUGCUAUGAGGGAAAAACCACCACAUCAACAAAAACAAAGCGCAGCACUGUGGUCUUGAAGCCUGACCGACUGCACAGUCGACAGAGGUUUAGAGAACUGCUCAGAGAGGCACCAAGUGACUGCUGGUAAAUGGGCGUCCGAGAGACACAGGUGUGAAUCUAGUCCGGUUCUGUGUGUACUAUUCGGGGAAUCUCAUUAAACUGUAUAAACUGCCACCAUA